CUCUAAGCCAGUCGUCCUUCUUUGUGCCUUGUGUCCACCAAAGUGACGCCAUGGCAGAUGAAGAGAAGGAUGAGACAUUCUUUUUGGAGAUCUUUCCAGAUUCGUCCAAGCUGGAUGCCUAUGCCAUGGCUUUUGAUGACAUCCAGGUCUUUGAAGAAGCGGGUCACCCGAGAGAUCAUGUGGGGAUGCUUGCUACUUACGGCUUCGUCCACUUCUCUGGCAUGAGCAAGUUGUUGGAAGGUGGUUCAGACUUGAGCUUGACACCCAUCAUUUUAGAUGCAUUUUUUUUGGAUGCCAGUUUUGCUGUUUCCCUGUGGACAUUGUUAAAACCCUGGGGUUUGCAGAUGGCAAAGACUGCAGGCAUUGCGCAGAAGUUUGAACCUGGGUUGCCGAUCCAGAAGGCACUCGCUGCAAAGCGGUUCUUGGAUCUCGGCUCCGGUGAUGGCCGUGCAGUGAUAGCUGCUGCUGUUUUGGUGCCGAGCUUAAGUGAGUCACUGGGAGUGGAGCUAUCAAUGUCACGACACCAGCUUGCUGUCAAGAACAGGAGCCGGUUGCCCGAUGCACUUCAAGAUGUUGUUCACUUCCAGCAGUGCGAUAUCCUGCAGGUGGAACCUGCCCUUUUGGGGGGCACAGAGAUUGUUUGGUUGGCCAAUCUGCGUUUCCCCGAUGAGACCGUGCUUGCCAUCAACAAGUACCUGGAUGCCCAUUGUGCGGUUGAGGUGGAUGCUGUCGUAGCCCAAAAUUGA